AUGUGUGGACCCGAAACCCAUUGGACGGACAGAUACUACGCUAUUAUACAUCCCGUCAAAUGCAGAGCCACUUUCAACAUGAAUUACAUGAAGAAGAUCAUUAUAUUCAUUUGGGUCAUGUCGGUGCUGUUGGCGGCACCGGUAAUCUUCAUUCAGGUUCAUAUGGAAGUGGGUUUGCGAGUGAAGGCCUACUGGUGUGUUAGGGACUGGAGUCAGAAGGUGUGGUGGCCGGUGUACGAGUGCUAUAUGAUCUGGCUCAUUCUCAUACUGCCAUCGCUGGUCAUGGCCUACACAUACACCUGUAUUUGCCAUCAGCUAUGGAUAGUUGUUAAGCAAAGGGCUAAUAUGGUCUGCGGCCGCGACUCCUAGUAAGUGAUUGCCUGCAGUAAUAAUACUACUGUAUC